UCUCUCUCCUCCUAUCUAUCUCUCUCUGGGUUUGUCACGUACAAAGAAACAAAAAGCUUUUCUCUGUAAACCAUAGAUAGAACCUUCUGUGACACUUUCUGUUUGAUGAAAUUUUCUUGGGUUUACGUCUCAUAUCUGCGGCAUUGACAAUGGCACAGAAUCCUGGCCUAGCAUUCUCGAGCCUUCUGUGUGCAGAGAACUCAAACACUUGUUUUGAUGAUCUUGAUUGCAAUGCCACAGAUGAGUUUGGGAUUUCUCUUUCUUUGCAUCAUCAAGACAAUCAAAGUCACAAUCAAGACCUUUUUUCUGAUAAUGAUAGCUGCAAAUCCUUGUUGGGUUUUACGAUUCAUAGUGAAGACAGAGUGAAGGAAAUGGUUAAGAGGGAAAUAGAGCAUUUGCCCAGCGAUGAUUACCUAAAGAGAUUAAGAAGUGGGGAUUUGAGUGUUAGGAGAGAGGCUCUUGAUUGGAUUUGGAAGGCUCAAGCCCACUACAAUUUUGGACCGUUCAGUGUUUGCCUAUCAAUGAAUUACUUAGAUCGGUUCCUAUCAUUCUAUCAACUGCCUAAGGGUAAAGCUUGGACUGUGCAAUUGUUAGCUGUGGCUUGCGUAUCACUAGCAGUCAAAAUGGAGGAGGCUAAUGUGCCUCUCUCUGUAGAUUUACAGGUAGGGGAACCCAAGUUUGUGUUUGAAGCUAAAACUAUACAAAGAAUGGAGCUUUUGGUGUUGAGCACGUUGAAGUGGAGAAUGCAAGCUCUCACUCCCUGCUCCUUCAUAGACUAUUUCCUUAGCAAGAUCAAUGGAGAUCAACCUCUAUUAACAUCAUCCAUAAUUAGAUCAUUGCAACUAAUAUUAAGCACAAUUAAAGGUAUUGACUUCUUGGAAUUCAGGCCUUCAGAGAUUGCAGCAGCAGUAGCAAUUUCUGUUUCAGGAGAAAUCCAAGCAGGGGACAUUGAUAAGGCAGUGCCCUGUUUCAUCCAAGUAGAAAAGGGUAGAGUAUUCAAGUGUAUUGAACUGAUAAAAGACUUGUCACUGAUUAGUGGGUCUGCUGUUGAUAAUGUGGCAAGUGCCUCAGCCUCAUGUGUGCCCCAGAGCCCAAAUGGGGUGUUGGAUGCUGCAUGCUUGAGUUAUAAAAGUGAUGAUUUAACAGUUGGGUCAUGUGCAAACACUUCACAUAAUAGUCCAGACAUUAAAAGGCGAAAACAAAGCAACAAGCCAUCUCAAAUGGAACACAAGUCUUGAGAUUGUGUUGGUUUUUGGAUGAAUGAUGGAAUUGGAUUUGGAGGGGUUGCCCUUUAAGUCACAGUAAUAUACAAGAAAAAAGAGAAUGAGACACAGGGUUCUGUGAGGAAUAAAUAAAAAGGUUCAAGGAAAAAAUUCAAGAGCUCCCAAGCUGUUCAUAUAUUGACUAGAAUUCUCAGCAACUAAGGCUAAGCUUAUAUUUAUAACAAAGCUGAAGCUGAUGGCUAGGGAUUAAUGUGGUGGUUCCUCUGCAGAGUUGUACAGUUUUUGUUGUAGGUUCUUUUUCAAGUGAGAGAAAAAGAAAUGAAAAUACACAUUUAUAUAGAGAAUGAAAGUUAUCUCUUCUUCAA